CGCUGGCUAUAUUGAAAGGGAGGAUGCGCUCGCGCUUUGAGCAUCGCUGAGAUCGAGACAGUGCCAUUUGUUAAAUCUAAAUACAAGAUAAUAAUUUGCUCAAAUUAAAGGAACGUGUAGCUUUUUAUGGAACAUGGCAUCAAAAUGUCCAAAAUGUGACAAAACGGUUUAUUUUGCAGAGAAAGUGACAUCUCUGGGGAAAGACUGGCACAAAUUCUGUCUGAAGUGUGAACGCUGUAACAAGACCCUGAAUCCAGGAGGACAUGCUGAGCAUGAUGGGAAACCAUACUGCCACAAGCCAUGCUAUGCUGCCCUCUAUGGACCAAAAGGUGUAAAUAUUGGUGGGGCCGGCGCAUAUGUAUAUGAUACACCUGCGAACGAUGCCCCUGCCCCCGUUGCCAUGGAAACCCAGGUCAAAGCUGAAAAGAAGAAAGCAUCUGCUCCUACCAGGGGCCCAGUGAAGGCUGCAAGCUUCAGUUCAUUCUCUGGUGAGCCAAACAUCUGCCCAAGGUGCAACAAAACAGUGUACUUUGCUGAAAAGGUCACCUCCCUGGGUAAAGACUGGCACAGACCCUGUCUGCGAUGUGAGAGGUGCAGUAAGACUCUGGCCCCAGGCAGCCAUGCAGAGCACGACGGCCAGCCCUACUGCCAUAAACCAUGUUAUGCUGUUCUCUAUGGACCAAAAGGAGUAAACACCGGAGGUGUUGGCAGUUACAUAUAUGAGGACCCAAACACUGAAAGCCAGCCCUGAAAAACACCACAAUUAAUUACACCAGCAUUAUCUGCACCCUUAGAUUCAAACUUCUCUCUUCCUUUAUGUCAACUUCCUCUCUUUUUUAAGUCUGAACUUAUUAUGUUAAUCUACAGAGUGGCACUACAUAUUAACCUACCAAUAUGAGCUAUAGUAUUACUACUUACUAACAGGAAGAUGUGUCUAGCCUUUCUGCUGUAUUAAUACAGGUUUUAUAUAUUUUAAAGAAUGUUGUUGAGACGUUAAGCUGUUUUUUUUUUUUUUUUUUUUUUUUUUUGUGACAUUAUUUGCAAGUAACAACAAAACUUAAACAGCUUAAAUUAUUAUUUUUUUAUUUUUAUUUUUAUUUUUUGUCAUUUUCACUUCUACCAUGGUUUAGAUGUGUAGCAAUUUAGAAAUCUUAUUUAAUAUAAUUUAUUGACGGUAUCUGGUUUCUGAACUUUUUUUCUGAACUGAAGAUCUGUUUAUGUAUCAAAAAUAUUUGUAUUGGUAAUUAAAAAGUAUUGUUAAUGUGUUGAAUUGUUUUAUUUCAUUUCAGUUGUAGAAUGCUGAAAAUAAAAAAAUAAAAAAACAAGAGAGAAACUAAUGGUUACAUCACCUUACAUUUAUAACAGUCUAAAUCAUGGCAAUUGUGGGUUUACUUGUCUGUGUACAAAAUGACUCUCAGGUUUAUUUGUUUGCACUUGCCUUAGACAUAUAUUUGUAUACUCUUUUUUUGACAUGAUACAUUUAGAAGUAAAAAAAAAAAAAAAAACUGUUUUGUCAUGAUAUGUUUGACACAAUAAAUAUCUGGUGACUAUUGUUUGCAGAGAAAAUACAGUACCUAGGACUUGUUCCAAAAUUGAUACAAAAGGCCCAUAUAUUUACCAUCAGAAAAUAUGGGAUAAUAAAUAUAGAUCUUAA